AUGAAAGUACGCUCGUCUGUGUUCGCCUCCUUCAUCUUAAUCUUUGAAGUGCUUGGUGUUGCUCUGUUCCUGCGGGGGUUUUUCCCCCUUCCUGUCAAGUCGUCUCUGUCCUCCAAGAACCUGAUGUCAGAUGUUCCUGCUGAGCCGCUGGCAGGAGGCUCUCGGAACUCCACCCGCCUGCCUCGGCCCCUGUUCAAGCGGCUGGUUGUGAUGUUGGUGGACGCGCUCCGGGAGGACUUCGUGUUCGGGCCCAGGGGCCGCCUCUUCAUGCCCUACACGCGGCGGCUGGUGGAGCGAGGCUCGGCCCACAGCUUCGUGGCCAAGGCGAGAGCCCCCACGGUCACCAUGCCCAGGAUCAAGGCUCUCACCACUGGCAGCAUCCCUGGCUUCAUUGAUGUGGUCAUGAACCUGAAUUCUCCUGCACUUUUGGAAGACAACCUCUUAUGGCAGGCUAAAACGGCAGGCAAAAGGAUCAUUUUCUACGGAGAUGACACCUGGGUGCGCCUCUUUCCAAGACACUUUAUGGAGUACGAUGGAACCACGUCCUUCUUUGUGUCCGACUACACUGAGGUUGACAACAACGUAACCCGCCACUUGGAUAGCACCCUUAAGAGAGAUGACUGGGACAUUUUGAUCCUUCACUACCUGGGCCUGGAUCAUAUUGGUCACAUCAGCGGACCCCAUAGCUCACUCAUCCAGCCCAAACUGCUGGAGAUGGAUGAUAUCCUAAAGAAGAUCCACAGUUCUCUUGUUUCAAAGGAAGAAGAGGGAUCCUUGCCCUAUCUGCUAGUGCUGUGUGGAGAUCAUGGCAUGUCGGAAACUGGCAGCCAUGGUGGUUCGUCAGAACCAGAGGUCAACACACCUUUGGUUCUCAUUAGUCCAGCCUUCAAAAGGAAAGUGAGCAUGGAGAAGCCUGGAGUGGUGGAGCAGGUGGACCUGACGCCGACACUGGCCCUGGGACUUGGCCUCCCCAUUUCCCAGAACAGUGUUGGCCGUGUGAUCCCGGGUGUGCUGGAGGAAAGCUCUCUCCGAGACCAGCUGCGCUUCCUUCAUCUCAACGGCCACCAGCUCAGCUGCCUGCUCAAAGACAGCAUACCUGACUACAAGAAAGAUGCAGGUUUGGAGCAGUUUCGUGUUGCAGAAAAGGCUCAUGGGAACUGGAUGAAGCUCUACGUUGAAGGAAACACCUCUGAGGUGCUGACCAACAUGGGCAAAAAAGUCCUGAAGCAGUAUCUUGAGGCACUAGCUGCCAUGAGCUCUGCUCUGAGCAAACAACUGGGCAAAUACGAUAUGUACUCGAUGAUCGCAGGCAUGAUCUUUGUGUUUCAGCUCCUGCUGGUCUUACUGUUGGCCAUGCCUGAAGCCCUGAGCGGUGCGGCAGCAGUGGACUUUCCGGUCAUCUCGUCGCUGCUCUCCCUUCCUUUCUACCUCCUGUGCCUGCUUCUUGCCUCAGUGCACGUCUUGGUGUGCACAUCUGCAGAGAGCUCCUGUUAUUUCUGCAGCCUCUCCUGGGCUCUGGUGUUUGCUGCUGUUGCCUUUUCCUCAGCAAUGUUUUGUAUCCUGAUCUCUUUAUUGGCCCGGAGACUCCCCCUUGCACCAAAGAUCCAUGGGAAGUCUCCCCUGAAGAGCACCAGUAGUGAUUGGUCAUUCUCAGAGUUGGACGUUUUGCUGUUGGCAGGAACUGUGGGUCACACUCUCAGCUUGGCAGCCAGCAGUUUUGUAGAGGAGGAGCAUCAGACCUGGUAUUUCUUGCUCAACACACUCUGCCUCGCCAUCUUUCAAGACGUCUGCCGCAAGUAUUUCAGGGAGCAGAGGGGCUCCGGUGAUGAAGAGGAGCACAUCCUCCCUUCCAAAGACAGUCAUCUGUCAGUUCAACACAAACCAGGGAUCUGCUCAGAGAAGUGGCUAGCUUUGGCCACACCGCCCUUCACUCUGGUUUGCUGUAGAAUGCUGCGCUCCCUCAACCAAACAGGAGUUCAGUGGGCUCAUCUUCCUGAUGUCGGCCAUUGGCUUAACAGCUCUGAGCACAAGCUGGGACUCUCCCUGCUGUCUGCCUUCUGCUUGGUUCUGAUCUACCUCCUGGUUCAAAGACGCUGCUCGCUGGUCUCCAAGGUCGCCCUGGCUCUCGGACUUCUGGGCGUCUACAGCUACCGGGCUGCUGUUGGCAACGUCUUGUUUCCCUGGCAACACUCCAGUCGAACUACAUCCAACGCAUCGCUGCUAUACAACGCUCCGCUGCUCAACAACGCUUCGGAGUUCGACAGCGCUUCGCUGCUCGACAACGCUUCGGAGUUCGACAGCACUUCGCUGCUUGACAACGCUUCGCAGUUCGACAACGCUUCGCUGCUCGACAACGCUUCGCUGCUCAACAACGCUUCGCUGCUCGACAACGCUUCGCUGCUCGACAACGCUUCGGAGUUCGACAGCGCUUUGCUGCUCGAUAACACUUCGCAGUUCGACAACGCUUCGCUGCUCGACAACGCUUCGCAGUUCAACAGUGCUUCGCUGCUCGACAGCGCUUCACUGCUCGAAAACGCUUCGUUGCUCGACAGCGCUUCGCUGCUCGACAACGCUUCGCUGCUCGACAACGCUUCGAUUCGACAACGCUUCACUGCACGACAACGCUUCGAGUUUGACAGCGCUUCGCUGCUCGACAGCGCUUCGCAGUUCGACAACGCUUCACUGCUCGACAGAGCUUCGCUGCUCGACAACGCUUCGCUGCUCGACAACGCUUCGGACAAAGCGCUGUCGAACUGCAAAGCGUUGUCGAGCAACGAAGCGUUGUCGAGCAGCGAAGCGUUGUCGAGCAGCGAAGCAUUGUCGAGCAGCGAAGUGUUGUCGAGCAGCGAAGCGCUGUCGAACUCUGAAGCGUUGUCGAGCAGCGAAGCGUUGUCGAACAGCGAAGCGUUGUCGAACAGCGAAGCGUUGUCGAGCAGCGAAGCGUUGUCGAGCAGCGAAGCGUUGUCGAACUCCGAAGCGUUGUCGAGCAGCGAAGCGUUGUCGAACUGCAAAGCGUUGUCGAGCAGCAAAGCGCUGUCGAACUCUGAAGCGUUGUCAAGCAGCGAAGCAUUGUCGAGCAGCGAAGCGUUGUUGAGCAGCGAAGCGCUGUCGAACUCCGAAGCGUUGUCGAGCAGCGAAGCGUUGUCGAACAGCGAAGCGUUGUCUAACUGCGAAGCGUUGUCAAGCAGCGAAGUGCUGUCGAACUCCGAAGCGUUGUCGGGCAGCAAAGCGUUGUCGAGCAGCGAAGCGCUGUCGAGCAGCGAAGCGUUUUCGAGCAGCGCAUCGCUGUCCAGCAGCGAAGCACUGUCGAACUGCGAAGCGUUGUCGAGCAGCGAAGCGCUGCCAAGCAGCAAAGCACUGUCGAACUCCGAAGCGUUGUCGAGCAGCGAAGCGUUGUCGAGCAGCGAAGCUCUGUCGAGCAGCGAAGCGUUGUCGAACUGCGAAGGGCUGUCGAGCAGCGAAGCGCUGUCGAACUCGAAGUGUUGUCUAACUGCGAAGCAUUGUCGAGCAGGGAACUCCAACAACAUAGGCACCGUGGACAUUUCAGUCGGCUUCGUUGGACUCGAAAGCUACAUCGAAGCACCAGCCAUCUUUUUAACAGCUCUCAGCACCUAUGCAGGUCCGCUGCUGUGGGCGUGUCACCUGGUCUGCCACCUGAGCUCAGACAGAGAGAGGAGUCCGGUCUCCGUUAGCCACGGCUGCUACUGUUUGGCCCUGCUCCGGUCCAUGCCUGCUGCAGCCUACGUCGUUCUGGUGACGGUCCUGCGCUACCAUCUCUUCAUAUGGAGCGUCUUCUCACCCAAAUUACUGUACGAGUCCAUGCACCUCCUGCUGACCUCAGCAGUCUGUCUCUUCUUCAUCACGAUGGAGCAAAGCCACAGCUCGAGUAAGUCCGAAGGCCCCCAAGACUUACGACACUGA